AUGGCCAGGAGUCAGCUGAAACUUUCGAUGGAGCUGGUUCUGAGAAGCAUACAGAUCAUAAACAUCAACAUCUAAGAGAAAAGGAAGAUGGAAAGAAGAGUGAAAAAUUAGAUAAAAGGGAAUCUGGUAUUCCAAACGUACCUAAAGUUUUACACGCCCCUACUUCACAAAAUGACACAAAAUUUGUGUCUCAACAAGCUAUUCUGCCUAACAUGAAUGCACAACGCCCAAUGUUUUAUCCACAGUUAAUUCCGGUUGGUGGAGCAAUUAGAAAUAUGACACCUAUUGGAAUGCCAUUUAUGAUUGGUGGGCCACAGUUUGGUUUCCAGCCUGUCCCUAAUCAGAUGCAAACAAUGCAAACUUUUGGUGGUCCUCAUGGUGUAAAAGACGAGAAACCACUCAAUGCAUUAAAUAAACUUGUCUCAGAGCAAAGUGCCGGACCAAGUAAUAAUAGAAAUGCAGUAGCAUCACACUCGGUUAAAAAUAACACACCACCACAUAUCACGCCUCCAUCUGCGCAUAGUACCCAAUCAAGUUCGAAAAGUUCAUUAAUAUCGCCACAAACUGGUUCCCAAGUUCAUCGACCUAUCACUCCUGCUCAUUCUCACAACAAUAAACGGCAAUACCCAUAUCCAGACACAAAUCGAAAUCAUCCCUCAUAUUCCUCUAACUAUAGUGCGAGAGAUGUGAAACCUGAACCAGUCAACGAUAUAGAUCUCAAAAGACAAAAGGUGCAUGGAUCUCAGGAAAAACUGUACCCGUCUAAAACAAAUGAAUUUGAAAUGCCAGUGUUGGACUUGAGUAUGAAAACGUUAAGAGCGCAAGAAGCGAGGCAUCAAAGAGGAGAAUCUUUGUUAUUUAAUACUAGUUUUAACAGUGAAAAUAGACCCGGUCAAAAAACUGAACCUUGUGAUGCACCACAAGAUUUAUCAUUGAAAUCAAGGACUUCUAAUGGGGGAAGUGAAAGACAUCAAAAUGUGCAGAAAAGUGUUCCAUUAAAUAUUCCAUUCCCACGAUUACCUACUGUUGCAACUCCUCCUAAGAAAGAAGAAGAUGCUAGGAAAGAGCAGAGAUUGGAUUUCCAGCCACCAGGCAGUAGCAAACACAUUUUGCCGAUAACUUCAAACACUAUUACAACAAUUGGCGGACUCCCUGUAGAUUUGAGUAGCUUUGUUCAUCCAGCAUUUCCGCCACAGAUGUUAAUGCAGAAUGUUUUCCCGACGCCGUUACAACUUCAACAAAUGAUUCAAGGUCAGGUGGCCGCCGGUAUGCCAAUGCUGAGACCUGACUAUAUGCCAUCACCAUUAAUGUUCCCGCCCAAUAUGACUGUUGUUGCACCAACAAUGUUCACAAAUGUGAUGCCUUCAGUUGCAAAAUCUAGCACAAACUCUGCUCCUAUUGUGAAAAGAUAGGACUUACUUUGUUUAUAUUGUUACAUAUUUGAAGUCCCCCCAUUAACUUGUGGUAACAAACCCGGAUAAGCUUUCUGUAAAGUUGACGUAUUUCUUGUGAGCUUUUCUGGAGCUGAGAUGUAACUUCUUUUAAACUCCG